GCCGUGGCGGGCGGCCCCGCGUUAUGGUUAAGAUUUAAGAACUUGAAAAGUUGUUUUCAGAGUGUGAAUCUUCCCGCAACUCAGACCAAUCAUUCUUCUUUAUUCUAUCGCCUCUUUUUCUUUUCCUCUCUGUUAUUAACAGAGAGAUUCUUCUCUUCUGCAACCUAAGCUUUGGAUGGGCUUAAACCAUGAACGGCAAGGCUACUGUUUCCAAAGAGCUUAAUGCAAAGCACGCCAAGAUACUUGAGGGGCUACUUAAACUGCCAGAGAACAAGGAAUGUGCUGAUUGCAAGAGCAAAGGUCCCAGAUGGGCUAGCGUGAACCUCGGAAUCUUCAUUUGCUUGCAAUGUUCUGGCAUAUCUCAAAGGUGAGGUCUGUCACUUUAGAUACAUGGCUUCCGGAGCAGGUUGCAUUUAUCAAAUCAAUCGGAAAUGAUAAAUCAAAUGGCUAUUGGGAAGCUGAACUACCACCAAAAUAUAACAGAGUUGGCAUUGAAAAGUUUAUCCGUGCAAAGUAUGCGGAAAAAAGAUGGGUUCCAAGAAAAGUUGUUAGACUGGAGCCUAAGCCAGAAGCUGAUAAAUAUCUAAAACCGUCUUCCUCGGAUGUUGAAAAGGAAAAGCUAAACUGGAUUACAUUUGACACUGAUAUGGAAAAUCCAAGUUCCAGUUUUUCAGGAGUAUCAAUCCCUGAUCCCAACCCAAAUAUCAUUAAAAGUAUGAAUUUACCAUCCUGUGAGCCCAAGAAGCCAAACACUAGAAAUGAUAUUCAACCAGUCUUCUCAGCACCUAAUGUUGAUUAUGCUACUCAACUUUUUGAUAUGCUCUUCAAGGAGGAAAGUAAAGAAAAUUUCAAGAAAGAAUCUGCACUUCCGGAGGGAUCUAAAUGUGUAGGAGAGAAACCACUCAUUAAGAAGAAUGUUUCCUCAACCAUUACAGGAAGUACAAAUAAAUUUGAUCCUGGGAUUGAAGAACUUAUUAAAGAUUUCAGUCCUGUCACAGAGAUAUCCCUGAAUGUUGUGCAGAACAACUUGCCAUACCCCUUUGGCAAGGUUGGAAAUGUUCACCCUUCACUUUUUAAGGUUCCUUCGGCUUCUUAUCCAAAUUCCAGCAUGUAUAUAUCACAUCAGACGCGUCGCUAAACGACAAUAUCUCUCUUGCACAUGGAUCACUUUCAAGAAUGGAAGUACUUUACAAGAACUAAUACAGUACUUUGUACAAUUCAUUUUGGACUAGGCACGAAAACUACGAUUGUUUUAAUUGUAUAAUUUUUGUGAAAUCAGUUCUUUAGAAUUGCAAUACUAGUUUAAGUAUUGGUGAAAGAUGACAAUUCAAGUCUAUGGUGAAAGAUGACAAUCCAAGUCUAUGGGAUGUUUGGAUAUGAUUCUUAAAAGUGCUUCUGCUUCUUCAGGGAAUAGAAACAAAAGUUGGAGUGUG